CCAAAAAAUAAGAAUUAAAAUAUAAUGGGGAGAGAUAUGUAAAUUAAUAAGAAUUAAUCUCAUUUCUCGCCGCUGUGUUCAAGCUUUCUUCUUCUUCUUCUUCCCAGCUUCCGAUCAAAAUUUUCCGGUGUUUACUUUGUCGCAAUCUACGUCGACCAACGGUGGAUUGAUCAAUAUAGAGUGGUACAAGGAAAAGGCCUUUUUGAAUUUCUCAAUUUCUUCUAGAUGCGUAUCUAUCUGUGAAUGUUAAAGAAGGUCAACCCUAAAAUACUGGGGAAGAAUAUAUCGGAUGCCUUGAUUCGUGGUCAAGCAAUUGAGGAUUAGUCAGAUCUUUGUGAAAAGGCUGUAGCUUUGAGGGAGCUGAUAGUUCUGGUCGUCGCCCAAGAUUAGAGGUUUCGAAUAUUCUGACGGAUGAUUCAGCUAAACUUGCUUCAUCGAUUAGCUCUAUUAAUUGCAACUUUUCUGAUUAGCAGAUGAUUGAUUGGGUGUCUUCUGCCAUUGAAAUUGAUACGCAUUUUGGUUUAGGAUAUGUUGCUUAUUCAAAGCUAGAGCGAAACUUGUUUUGGGUUGAUUAUUUUGAUAUUAAUCAAGAAGAGCUUUUUGGGUUUUUUUUGACUUCGUGAUUGUUGAACUCUCAUCAAUCAUCUGUCUGAAGAAACCUUGUUUUCUUGUAUCCCGGAUAUGGAAGAGUCUUCCCAGGGGAGUUUUGUUACAACCAUAAAUGAGGAUUUUGAAGCAGUUUGUUGGGGAUGUGGGCUAAACCUUGUUCUUCCAUCAUAUGCACCUAUUUUCAAGUGUGGAUGGUGUGGUGCAAUCACGAAUCAGAAUCCAGUUAGACCUGAAACCAAAAGCUUUGGGUUGAGACGUUUCCGUGACCGGUGUUUUGUUGUUAUUCUGGCAGUUUUUAUGCUCUUUGUGAUAUGUGGUGGGAUUUGGGCUGCGUAUCCUGUCUUGUUUUCGAUCAGCUUGGCUUGCGGAAUUUUCCAUUCUGUUACAACAGCGUCUCUGGCGAUAUCAACGCUCUCAACAUUUAUUCUUGUUGCUUUUAAAUGCGCCGGGAAACCACCAAAUAUUCUUUAUGGAACCCACCCUGGAGUGGGGAAUGGCGCACUUAACAACUAUACCUUUUGUAACCACUGCUCCAAACCCAAGUCACCUAGAACCCAUCACUGCCGCACGUGUGGCAUGUGUGUCUUGGACAUGGAUCACCACUGCCCUUUUAUUGGGAACUGUGUUGGUGCCGGGAAUCACAAACAAUUCAUAGCAUUUCUUAUCUCAGCCGUCAUUAGCACAAUCUAUGCUGCUGUUAUGUGUGUGUAUUCCGUGAUUCAUAUCUUGCCACCUAUGGAAAAUGGAGCUGCCUAUGCAUCUGAUAUGGCCCAUGUGGCUCAUGGUAAUAGUUUAUCGAUUCUGAGAGCAGUGAAGAAUAUAUCUCUUGCUUACAUAGCCAACGCUGUCUUCAUCUCUGCCCGGGGCCUUGUUCUAGUAUAUCUCUUUGUGGCAAGUGUUUCUGUGGCGAUUGGGCUAAGUGUUUUGUUGUGGCAACAGCUUAGCUAUAUCUAUGAAGGCAAGACUUACUUAAGCCAUUUAAGUUCUCAAGGAACAGAAGAAGAUGGUGAAAAGAGCUGCCGGAAUCUUUUGUCAUUUUUUGGGUGUCCACAUUCAAUUGAUUGGCACUUGCCAACCAUAAGGAACUUGAGGAAGAGACAUAAGACAUAAAAGAAGAAGAAGAAGAAGAAGGGAAUGUGAGCCGAAUAUGUUCUUUAUGUUUCCUCCCUAUGUUUGGAGCUUGUUUUGGUCAAUUCAGAAGCAUUCAUCAUACUUGGAGCUAACAGGUAAUGCAGAUUAGCAAAGUGUGUACCUCAUUUGUGAAAUUCAUGAUCAUAGAGUCUAGGAGCAGUUGCUUCUGUAAAUUUUGUUCCAAGAUUGUAAAUUUGUUGUUUCCCAGGCAUGCCUUUGAACUUGAGAAUAACAUUAUCAAUUCAAAGGGGUUACAUAGAAA